CAACCAGCUAAGUGUUACGCGUCGAACAAGUGGGCUAGGUAGUAUAUAUGUCGCAUCAUCAAGAGGAUGUGGAACUCGGCCAUUGGUUGAACGGCUCUGCCGUCAGCUUGUAAGGGGAGAAACCUGUAACUAGCUACUGCAAUUCGAAUACUGAAGCAAUUCCCUCUUGAUCCCCUUUCCUCCAAAGCAAUUCCUUGAGGUUAGUAGCUAGUUGCUAACAAUUGGUACUCAGAGCCAAAAAUUCCUCAUCCACGCUGGAGAAUACUCACGACACGCGGCUGGCGGCAGCAGCGGCGCGCCGGCGACAGGAACUAAUGGAUCACCUAACGCCUGAGGGCGAGGCGAUUUAUGAGACGAUUACUCAGGCAAGCGAGGUGGCUCAUCUCCGCCACCAGAAAGAGCUCGACGCGCUUAUUGUGAAGAUCGUGGGGAGCGCAGUGGAGGCAGCGGUGUCGCGCUCUGUUGGAGCGGUGGUCGAUAAGGCCGUCGAGGCGGCGAUGGAGACGGUCGUCAAUGACCUCCAGGCGUACACCAAUGGCGCCGAGGCGGAGCUACUCAAGCAGAUCCAGGACCUGCGCAUCGCCAAGGGCACCUCCUUCCGCACUAGAGAGAUGGAGGGGUGCGAGCGCUCGCCGAAGGGGCCGCCAGAUGCAGGCGUCACGGGGCUUCGUGCAUCCACGCAAGUUCGGGGUACAUGAACAUCUGCAUCGUACAUUCCACCUCCAUCUCGAGGUACAGCAGAAUUACCCCGCCGAACAUCUUCCUUCUCCAGUUUGCUGAAUCGCGAGCGUCGGAGUGAUUCAUCGUCUUCGUCGGGACAUUCUGGGCAUGGGAAACUACCAUCGGUCGAUUUUCUGAGGUUUGAUGGAGAAAAUCCAAAGUUGUGGCAGACUCUGUGCGAGGAUUAUUUUGACAUGUUCGACACCAAUCCUGAUUUGUGGAUUGCAGUGGCCGCGAUGCAGUUUGAAGGGCCGGCAGUGCAUUGGCUUUCUUCUGUACAACACAAGUUUGUACGAUCCUCUUGGGAAGAAUUUUGUGCUGCUGUGCUCAAUCGGUUUGGCCGGAAUCGGCACCAAACAUAGUGUGUAAAUUGUAUCGUUUGCAUCAGACUGGAGCUAUAGAAGAGUAUAUCAAGCAGUUCUCUGAACUUAUGGAUCAUCUAUCCGCGUACGAGCCUGAACCAGAUAUGCUGCACUACACCCACUAGGUUUGUGGAUGGAUUAAAAUUCAAUGUGCGCAUGGUGGUGGCUGUUCAACGCCCCCCAUGAUUUGGAUACAUCAUAUUCCAUUGUUGUUGUACAUGAGGAGGUGGGUGACAGUGAACCUGAACUCACCCAAAGACAACUCAACAAGCGCUCCAGUUAUUCUGCUCUAGUUAGACAGUAUAAGCAACAAUCUGAAUACAAGACACUAGCAGAAGCAAAACAUACCGAUUCACAAUGAGUGACUUCUCCUUUUGAUGACAAGCUAGCAACUCUUAAAGCAUAUAGAAGGGACAAAGGUUUGUGCUACAUCUAUGGUGAAAAAUGAGGCCGGGACCACAAAUGUAACACCACAGUUCAACUUCAUGUGGUGCAAGAGCUCUUGGAAUUUUGUGCUGGUGAUACUGCAGAUUCUGAUGACAGUGAGGUAGAUUUGAUGGUGUUAUCUGCUGAAACUCAGUCAGCUGAUCUGGCUACCAAUGCUAUUAAGCUGCAUUGUUAGGUUGCAGGGCAGGAAGCUGUGUUUCUCUUGGAUUCUGGCAGCUCUCACUCCUUCCUUAGUGAGAGGCUGGCAGCGGUUAUGGCAGGGCAGCAGCAGUUGAGUAAAGCUUAGAGGGUCAGAAUUGCAGGAGGGGGUCAAUUAUUAUGUACCAAAUGGGUUCCAAAAUGUGGCUGGUUAGUGGGAGGACAUAAAUUUGUGAUAGAUUUCAAGGUGUUAUCUCUGCAGCACUAUGAUGGCAUAAUUGGCAUGGAUUGGCUGUCAGCUCAGGGGACUAUGAGUGUCAAUUGGAUGAAGAAAUGGUUGUCUUUUGAUUGUAGAGGCAGUAGAGUGUUUCUGCAAGGUGAUCUUCCUUCUGAAUGUGAUUUUACUGUUGUAGAAAUUCAGUUAAUUUAAGGAACAUCUGACACAAAAGUGACAGUCCUGGGUGAGGUGCCUGAGGAGAUACAACAAGUUAUUGAUUCCUUUGCACAGGUGUUUGAACCACCCACUGGUUUGCCUCCUCGUCGCUCGUGUGAUCAUAAAAUUCCAUUGAUGGAAGGUGCUCAACCAGUCAAUAUCAGACCGUAUUGUUACUCUCCUAAACUCAAGACGGAAAUUGAAAAACAAGUGAAAGAAAUGCUAGCAUCUGGUGUUAUUUCUCCAAGCACGAGUCCAUUUGCUUCUCCCAUUAUUUUGGUCAGGAAAAAAGAUGGGACAUGGCAUCUAUGCGUUGAUUACAGAUAGUUGAAUAUGCUCACACUCAAAAGUACCCACUACCUGUGAUCGAUGAACUA